UCUCAAGGUUACAGAGAGGCGGCCUUGGUUGUUACAUUGUUACUAUCGUUACUUUAGUUAGAACAUCAGUCGCGGAGACUAUAUCUUCCGAGUAGGAAUGUGUUUGUGGGUCUGGUCAUAGUUUGUAAUAGAAUGGCUCAGUCAGUCUUCAUACAAGUAGGUCAGUGUGGCAAUCAAAUCGGUCAUCGAUUCUGGGACUUAGCUCUUGCAGAACACGAAAUUGCCAAUAAAGGACGCCUUCAUGAUAGUUCAUUUUCUUCAUUUUUUGUAAACGGACCGAAUAACAAAAGUGGUAUCCUGCCUAAAAUUUCUGGCCUCAAAGCUAGAGCUUUGCUCGUAGAUAUGGAAGAAGGCGUUGUCAAUGAAAUAUUAAAGGGACCAUUGAAAAAUAUUUACGAUUCCAGUUACCUGAUCACUGAUGUGUCAGGUUCUGGAAACAACUGGGCAGUGGGAAACUUAUAUUACGGCCGAGUGCACCAAGAUGCGUUGUGUGAAGCUUUAAGGAAGUCUGCAGAACUUUGCGAUUUUCUCCAGUGCUUUUUUGUCCUCCAUUCAAUGGGUGGAGGUACUGGUUCUGGAGUCGGUACUCAUAUCUUGAAGAUUUUAGCUGAUGAAUAUCCUGAUGUAUACAAAAUGGACAUCGCUGUGUUUCCUUCAACGGACGAUGACGUUGUCACUUCUCCGUAUAACACAGUUUUGGCUCUUGAUCAGACCACUGAAUUCGCUGACUGUGUGCUGCCUAUUGAUAAUAUUGCUCUCUCAAAUAUAAUCGAUAAAGCUAAAAAUUUUCAUUGUAACUCUAAAGGAAAUGUGAAUGAGUGUACGGGUUCAGCAAUUUGUUCAAAACACACCAAACCAGCAAAACCUUUCGAUGAUAUGAACAACAUUGUGGCUAAUAUGCUAUUAAAUCUCACAAGCUCCUCUCGGUUUGAAGGUACUAUGAAUGUUGAUUUAAAUGAAAUCAGUAUGAACUUAGUUCCAUUUCCUCGCUUACAUUACCUGAUUGCUUCACAAAGCCCUUUAUCAACCAUCUCUGGCAUAUCAGCUCCUAGAAAGCUCGACCAAAUAUUUUCAGAUACAUUCACCAGAGAUUAUCAGUUAAUGUCUACUGAUCCUUGUAGACAUGUUUACCUAGCGGCUGCUCUACUUGUUCGUGGUGCAAUCAGUGCAUCAGAUCUCCGUCGAAAUAUUGACAAACUUCAAUCUCGCUUAAAUUUUGUUCCAUGGAACCGAGAAGGUUGGAAAGUUGGACAUUGUUUAGUUCCACCAGUGGAUCAUAAAUACUGUCUAUUAGCUCUAGCUAACAACACUUCUAUUCAUGAAUCAUUCAGUUUUAUUUUGGAACGAUUCUAUAAACUAUAUAGGAAAAAGGCACAUUUACAUCAUUAUACAACUGUCGACGGUUUUGAUACUAGCAUGUUUGAAUCAAGCACUAAUUCACUUCAGGAAUUAAUAAUUCAAUAUACGGAUUUUGAAAAACAGUCUAAUGCACAAGCACUACCAAAUUUACCACAGUUAGAGAUUAUGGAUUGAAUUUAUUCCCAAUUGUAAAUACAUUUUUUAGAACUAUUUCUUGCAGAAAGUACUUUAUUGCAUUUAUUAGUUUUUAUAUUAUUCUUGUAUACUUAAAGCUUGUAUAAUUUGUGAUGAUUAUUCUUGUAAAUGUGACCUCCAUGUUUUGAACUUCUUCGUUACGUUUUAUGACGAUAAUAUAAUUUCAUCUUAGUACAAAAAAGCUAUUAGGUUUAAAUGUACUUCAGUUAUGGUUUUCACGUCAUAACAAGUGUUUUAUUAUUAUUUUUUUAUUAUUAUCAGCUUUAUUCAGUAUUAUAUUUUUUGGUACAAUAUAGAAUUCUCAGCGUAAAGUAUUUCAACAAGUUUCCGUUUAUUUCUUCUUGGUCGGUCCUGGCGAUAAAUAUUGAGUGAUCUCCAGUUAGAUGUUAGCAGUUCACUAAAUGAACAUCUGAAUAAUGUGCAUUCUUUCCGUUGUAUAUUGCCAGCAACCACAUUGUCUCUUAUUGAGUUUUUUGUAUCUUUGACAACGAAAGGUUGUACACUUUUCAGAAACGCAGCAGAAUAGGUUAUGCGAUUAAUAAACAUAGUGA